AUGGGCAAUCGUAAAAACAAGCGUGUAACCAAAAAGACAAGGGACUUGGAAGAGGUGUUAGAAGAGAACAUUGCUCAAGGACAUGCGGCAGAUAUAGAGACUGAAGAAGCUGGUCAUGAUUUACUGAAUGGAGCUUGUAAUGAUGUAGUUAAUGAAGCUGGUAAUGAUGUAGGUACUGGAGCUGCAGGUAGCCUGAAUGAAGAAGAUGAGUUAGAAGAGAACUCUGAAGAACAGGCGGCAGAUGAGGAGAAUGAAGAACUUGGUAAUGAUGUAGUUAAUGGAGAUGAUGAGCAAACACAGAAUGUGCCUGAAGAACAGGCGGCAGAUGAGGAGAAUGAAGAACUUGGUAAUGAUGUAGUUAAUGGAGAUGAUGAGCAAACACAGAAUGUGCCUGAAGAACAGGCGGCAGAUGAUGAUAUAGUUGCUGAACCAAAGCGUAAAAAGCAACGAGGACCAACGAAGAUGAAACACAUCGCCAAGGAUCCAAAUGAAAAGCAACAUGUUGACUUCACUGAUAUGGGAGAACAUUGUGGCCCAGGGUCAGUGCUGUUAUCAUCAUACUUGGGUCCGUUAGUACGGGAACAUGUUCCUGUCAUAAUCGACACUUGGAAAAAAGUUGGUGAAGAUAUCAAAACUGUUCUGUGGAAAUCUAUUGAGGCAAGGUUUGACAUUGACGAAGACUAUAAGAAGACUGCUGUGUUUAAGCAGAUGGGAUGUCUCUGGAGAGCCUCCAAAUCACGUCUGGUGAGCAAGGUUAGGAAAGCUAGAACCAUGAAAGAUAGGAUGAGUCUGCGACCGAAUAAUGUACCUCCAACAGCAUGGCGUCUCUUUGUCAAAGCCAAGACUAGUAACGCCUUCAAGGUAUUCACUUAGUUGUCUUUGUUUAUUGGCCUGUAGAAUACUCACCUUUUUUUUCAUUCUAAUUCAGGUUGUAAGUGAUUCAUUUAAGGCAAGAAGGAAGAAGCAGAUACCUCACACUUGUGGGCGUAAAGGAAUGGUCAGAUUGAGAGAAGAAUUGGUAAAGAGUAGCUCAGAACCAUCUAAGAUCACAAGGCUAAAAGUUUGGGUCAAGUCGCGUACUAGGAAGGAUGGUACGCCUGUAAAUAUUACUGCUGCUGAAAAGAUUGUAAGUAUUGACUUUACCUAUCAGUAUGAUUUUAGAAAUUGGAUAUCCUGCUUGGUCCACCUUAUGAUCUGUAAUUGUGUUUGCAGCAAAAGGCAAAAGAGAUAGACACUGAAAGUCUUAAUGAU